GACCAGAUUCGCGUGUGAGAGCGUCGCGCUGCCGAUCAAAAGCUAUUUUCGAGGCUUUUUUGUCCAAAAAUCUCGUGAUUUUGUGUGGAUGUGUUCGUUUCUCGUCCCGGAUUGACGCCAAUUGCAAAGAUUUGUGAGAAAAAUGAAGAGAACUCGUAGCGAAACGCAAAAUUCAUCGCAUCCAAGGUCACCAAAAGCGUCGCCAUCUUCGUCGCAGGGCUCGCCAUUUUUGGGAAAAUACUUUGAUGGAGUCACAGGCUUUGAGGCAAUGCUAAAUGUCGCGGAUUUCGACAAGGAAAAUGUUUGCGUGAAUCUGCAAAGUACGAUUCAGAAGCCAGCAAAGUACACGGUGGUUGUGAAAGCGGAAAAGGAACAAAAUUCACCGAAUGUCGGGUGUAUCAGCUUUUCCCAAACUUCUGAAUGGAAGUUUGUUCUUGCCACCACCGUUGAUCCAAAUACGCUCGAAUACGAGGUCAAAGAUGAUUUUUUAGUGCUGAAAGCCAAGAAUUCCCAAGCUAAAAGAGGAACGAAGCGCAAGGCGAUCAAUGAUGAGUUCAGCGAGAAGCGUGUUAAGCGCUCACGGAAACAAUUGGAGAUGAAAGCGGAUCAGCAAGUUGAUGAAAAUGCGGAUUCUGAGCCUGAUGAAAAGGAACAAAUUUGGAAUCGACUGCCGAUCGAGCUCUUAUUGCAAAUCUUCAAAUCCAUUGACAACAACAACGAUCUCUUGAAAUGUUCUCUCGUUUGUCGUCGCUGGCGAGCUGCCGUUCAACAAAUUCCGAUCGUAAAAAUGCUCACGAUCGACAACGAUUUCUUCCAACCAACCAAUUACAUGGAUUUUUUGGACACUUUUCAGUACCACGAUACACUCCCCUUCAACAUUAUCAACUACACGUACACCAAGAAGCCCGAUGUGAGUCAGAACAACGUACUCGACUUCAUUCAAGAGCGCGGCAGCAACGUCGAGGUCAUCAGCGCUGUCUUGCGCUUCGAAAUGCAUCGCGGAAAGCAACAUUGCCCCCUCCUGGAAUGGGUUUCGCAAUUCAAGAAAUGCAGUUCGCUGAAAGUUCGCAUUCACAAAUGGGACUCUGAGGUGCCCGUUGACUUUGGAAACGUAAAUUUGUCGCACAUCAAGGACUUUAACAUUGGGGAACAAAUGUUCCAACGGAUGCAAAACGAUUUGGAGGAUAGAUUCCCGCUUAAUGGGUGCAAAGAGAAAAUUUUGCACACCUACUUUGAACGUACACGUUCCUAUUGAUUUGAUUAUUUUUUCUUUUAUUUUUUAAAUUCGCUCCAAAAAUUGAUUUAUUAUGCAGAAAAAAGUAAGUUUUAGCACGACGCUUCGACCGCAACCCGUAAAUCGUCCAAAUAUUUAUCGAUUUGUUCUUCCAGCGACAGCACGUAGCCCGUAUUGAAAUUCUCACUUCCGACGAACGUCACGAUGAGCGAAGGCAACUUGUUGAAGUGAAUGAUCUAGAAGCCGAAAUUUAUUUUUUAUUAAUACAAAAAUCUUCUGUAAAUAUUAAUAAAACUCACCUGAUAAUUUGAGUACAUGCAAA